AUGGCAAUGAACGAAGAUUUCAACUUCGCUGAACUGUGUAGAUUAUGCUCGUUAAAAAGUAAUCAUCAGCUUCAGAUCUUCGACAAGGAAGGCGAGCAGAGACAAUUGCUUUUUAAAAUAAUUUCCUGCAUUCCACUUUAUAUCUGAGAAAUUUCUCUGUAUUUACAAUCUUUCAUUAUAACGAAAGAGGAUGCGUUGCCCAAAAAUAUUUGCCAGAGAUGCGUAUACAAACUGGAUAUGUUUUACGAGUUUCGAGUGAGCUGCAUGACGACGGACACGGUGUUGAAAAAUUACGCGGAUAGUUUGAAACAUCUUGCUGCAUCGGUAAACCAGGGCACAGAGAAGGACAAGAUGUCUAAUGGUAGCCAGCAGCAACAGCAGCGGUCGGCUUAUGUGGAAGCGCACGCAGUGGCUCAUGCUGCAGUACAGCAACACAUGGCACAACAAGCUGCACAAGCGAGGCUCGCUGGACCCGGUCCACCUGCGACACCUCAGACUCCUAACCCAACUUUUACUUUACCCGACGAUGGUCUGGGCUACGACGAUGGCGUACGAGUGCUGCGCUCCAUUGGGACAUGGUCUCCAGAUUAUUCAGCAGCAAUGCGCCCUGGUGGUGUGAUGCCCCCGUUUCCCGGUGCGAUGGAUCAGCAGUUCGGGAGCAGGGCUCCUACGGUGAAUCAGCCAUUAAGAACAACGAACAACGUGACUUCUCGCCCAGGAUUUGCGUCAAAGGCUACCAAUACGGGUGAACCGGCGACAAAGGCGUUUGCUUGCACCGUCUGUGGCAAAGGUCUUGCUCGUAAGGACAAACUUGUAAUUCACAUGCGUAUCCAUACCGGGGAGAAGCCAUAUUCCUGCGGAGUUUGUGGUAAAGCAUUUGCUCGUAGAGAUAAACUAGUUAUUCAUAUGAACAAGUUGAGACAUAGACCGGGUGUGGCGCCACUGUCUACACCCACAGCCCCGAAUUCGGAUCAACAGCAGCAGCAGCAGCAGCAGCAACAGCAACAGCAGCAGCAGCAAGCCCAGCAACAGCAGCAAUCUCAGCAACCGCAACAACAGCAACAAUCCCGUCAGGAUACUAUACACAAGUUGAAAGAAGAACCAGUUAGCUGGGCAUGUGAAUUGUGCGGCCGAGCAUUAGCCACAAGGGAGGAGUGGAUGCAACAUGCUCGAUCUCACUUGGAAGCAUCGGCUCCGCCACAACAUGCAGCACCGUAUUUCCCAGGGUCCGCGGCUCCACCGCAGCCAUACGCGUCUGAGAGGCACUUCUGUCUGAUGUGCCGCACAGAUUUCACAGAUAAGGCUGAAUUUAUGUUCCAUGUACGUUCCCAUUUCGAACCUCACGCGCAACAAACACCGCCUCAGCAUUCGAGUGGUAAACAAGGAGGCGAUCCAGCGACAGCCGAACUGAUCGCACGUGGACUGGUCGAUCCUUCUGGAUUAUGCAGCUAGAAUUAUCCUUCCUGUCAUUA